UUCAACUCGACCUUGCUCGCAUCUCAUCCAGCAGCUGGUCUCUGCGGCUCCAACCUAGACCCCUAGACCCACCAUACACGACGAAUCGCGGGCCGAUUCCACGACUCCUCUACGCACCGACCACUAGACCCAGCGCUCUGCCCCCCGCCCACUCUCCACGCUCCUCAACCGACCUUUGUCAACACCCUCCCUCCCCGCGGGGAGGCAGCCGACUGGAAUCGCCCGCAACAACAAGACUCACACCACGCAACCAUGUCGCCCACGGAAACCGCGUACCUCAGCGCCAUUGCGCGGCAGCCUAAAGAUGCGCUGCCAGAGCAGAUCUACGAGAAACUCGAGAUGGUGGGCAAAGGCGCGUACGGCGCAGUGUACCAGGGCAAGCAUACCGGAACAGGCCACAUUGUCGCGCUGAAGAUCAUCAACCUCGACACCGAGGACGACGACGUGCAGGACAUCCAAAAGGAAGUGUCCCUCCUCCAGCAGUUAAUGAAGAGCUUUGCCUCGGCUGCGGCCACUGGCCCGAACGCCGCGGCGACUCCCAUGCCAAACGUCAUCAAGUACUACGGCAGUAUGAUGGACGGCCCGAGAGUGUGGAUCAUUAUGGAGUAUGCGGAAGGUGGAAGUAUCCGCACUUUGUCGAGAGCCCAGCCCCUCAAGGAGAUGCACAUCUGUUUGAUCAUCCGCGAGGUCCUCGUGGCGCUCACAUUCUUGCACAAGAACGGCAUCAUUCACCGUGACAUCAAGGCCGCCAACAUCCUCUUGACGUCGAACCCGACCCGUAUCCUGCUGUGUGACUUUGGUGUCGCUGCCCUUCUCGCGUCCAACACUUCUAAGCGCUCGACAUUUGUCGGCACGCCGUACUGGAUGGCGCCGGAAGUGGUGACCCAGGGCAAGCUCUACGACGUCAAGGCCGACAUCUGGAGUCUGGGAAUCACGCUUCUCGAGAUGGCGCACGGCGAGCCACCAAUGUCGGGUCAGCCCGCGGCGCACGCCGUCAAGAUUCUUGGGGACAAGAAGCUUCGCGCACCGAGACUAGAAGGUGGUACUUGGAGUAAGGACAUGCGCGACUUUGUCGUUGCGUGUCUGAACGAGGAGCCAAGCGAUCGCUCCAGCGCCGAGGAGCUCAGCAAGAUGAAGUGGCUCAAAAACCAGGCCAAGGCUCCGCUCACGCCCCUCAACGAGCUCAUGGUCCGGUUCAAGAACUGGAAGGACCAGGGCGGCCAGCGGCAAAGUCUGCAGCCUGGCAUCGGCGCACAAGUGGAAGACGACUCGGCGACUAUGAGCGGCGAGGACUGGAGCUUUACUGUCAAGUCGCGCAUGAGCAUGCUCUCUGACCUCCCCUCGGACGACCAGAAGCCGGCGCCGCCGCCAGAGUCCUUGCGUCGCCUGUUCCAGGACGACAGCCUCGACUCUGAUCCGUUCCAGUCGACACUGCAGCACCAGUCGACGUUUGCCCACCAGCAAGCAUUGCCGCCUGUUCCACCUAUUGCGCCGCCCAUUGAACCCAAGUCACCUCUCCGUGCGCUUGUUGCCGCCGAGAAGAAGGAUGACGGGGACAAUGACGGUGGCACGGUUAGACAACGUAAGCCACCCGGCUUGUUCAUUGUCACGAACCCGUCCAACCCGACGGCGACAACCUCAACCAUUGGCAGCAGCGAAGAGUCGUCACAGCCGACACCGUUAGCACGUCCUCCUCUCCGCACCAAGGCCAGCCUCGACACGUUUGCCUCGGCGCCGACGAGCCGCUCACAGCCCGAGAUGCCGCGGGCUGCGCCUGGGGUCCGGAGACCGAGUGGCUCGGAUGCCGCUGGCCUCCGAGGCUUCCAGUUCCCGCUCAUGACCGGUGCGAACAAGCAGCAGCCUGCCCCGCCGCCCCAGUUCGCCCGUGACCCUCGCCGUGCACAGUCUCCAUCAACCAUGCCGCCGCUCAGCGACAGCCCACUUGGUCUCGGUGCCGCCCCCAACCCACCAUUCGCACAAGGCCGCACGCCGAUGAUGCGCCAGGCCAGUGCCACAAUCAUGGAGGGGCGCGCCGCUACGCAUAACCAAGCGGCGCAGCAGCAGUUUGCACUUGCCCACGAAGGCCCCAUCUCGCCAUCAAAAGCCGCGAGAGCGCCCAACAUGAUGGGCGUCGGCAUGAUUCGGUCACGCUCUGGGUCCCGCGUCGAGGAGAACGGUCUUGCAGGCGGCAUGGGCCUGCGUGACCUCCUCAAGCUAUCCCCCGCCGUCCCCGACCCCGACCUCCUCCCACCUUCACCAUCAACACUCACCGCGCCGAAGCCAUUCGUCGCGCUGCCGUCGCCUCUCGCCAUCCCGCCAGGCGGCGAGCACGAGCGGCAGAACUCUGGCUCGGGCUCGGCUCAUCUCCCCAGCUCACUGGCGAUGCACGCCGCGCGCCAGACGCACGGCCACGUGCACGCCAAUUCAGCGUUCACCUCCAACGUGUCGUCGAACUCGUUCCCGAUGCUCACACCGCCCACGCCCGGCAUGCCCCCCGGCACGCAGUUCGCGCCGCCGCGACCACUCGACCUCGCAAGGCUCGACAAGACACCGGCUGUGCUAGCCGAAAUCGACAGCACCGUCGACGACCUGCGGCGCUGGCUUGACGUUGUCGAGCGUGGUCUGGACGACCUCCUGCACUCCAACCCCGACGACGACGAGCAUGCCCCCAGCAUCCGCGCGGCGUCUCCCUCGGGCCUCCCUGUCCCCCCACCGCCCGCCCACCCUGUCAACCCCGGCGGGCUUGCGGCGCGCUCGGCCGCAAACCUCAUUUGA